UUUCCAUGUCUUUUGGAGGCGCUUAUCACGUGACAUCGCAGCCUCGUUUGGGUGAACCAAUCAGGAUUUGACAUGCUGGACAUGUGUCGUCUGAUUUUGCAGUGUCGUGCACUUUUGCCCCGUCAUUCGGUCCAAAGGGAGGAUUUACUCAGGAUGUUGCAACAGAAUGUUGACCAAAGGCUCUUGACGGGGAGAUCAAAACAACUUGACCGGUCUCUUCGAUGCCAACCAAUCAACAGCGGGGAAGCUGACUACCUGCUGAUGACAGAACAAACGAGAUGACUAAUUUACAUAUAACUAUUGUCCUCAAUAUGGUAAACAUUUUAAAAAAACAUGUAGUCAUUCUACUAUAGGCCCCAAUAAAUCUCAGCCCCCCCUGUCCCUGUAUAAAUAGCUGGGCCACCGAGAAAAUUAGCAUUGCCAUCCUGGACCAUAGUUGUCACUAGUUCUCACCACAGGAGAAGAGUGCAAUACUCAGAAACAUGAAGGUGCUUCUGUUUCUGUGCUUCGUCGUCUUGGCGCAAGCCAAGGUCAUCAAGUACUGGGAGUGGGAGGAGGAACCCACCACCACCGAGACACAGGUUACCAUGACAACCACCGACAUCCCCUACACCACCGACCCAACCUGGAGCGGGAGGGUCUGCUCCUAUACCAAGACACCCAGGCACGGCAGGAGAGAACCAAUCACCGCCUACAAGUGCUGCAGGGGCUGGACUGGCGAUGUUGAGACCGGAUGCCAGAUUCCCGUCUGCAGGAAGGAGUGCCAGAACGGCGGUGUCUGUGUCGCCCCUGACCAGUGCCAGUGCCAGCCUGGGCUGGAGGGUCCCCGCUGCGAGAAGGUGAAGAAGGGCCUGUGCUGGACCGAGUACAUCAACAACGAUGUCCCGCACACCGGCAAGGGUGACUUCGAGACCAUCUUCAGCCUCAGGAAGGAGAUUGGCAUCUGCAAGCACUCCGUCCCCGAGGCCAUUGAGUGCCAGACAUCCGCCGGUGUCCCCCUGCGCCAGACCACCCAGAACGUCACCUGUGACCGCCGCGUCGGUCUCAUCUGUGACAACAGGUACCAGAAGGACAGGUCCGUGAGGUGCCAGGACUACCGCGUGCGCUUCCUCUGCCCCUGCAAGACCCAGGGCCGCGGCAAGAUCUGCACCUACCAGGGCAAGGAGUUUAUGCCCCGUGAGACCGUCCAGCAGAACACCAGGGACAAGUGCCAGACAUGCGAGUGCUUGAGCAACGGCAAGUGGGCCUGUGACGAGCUUCCCUGUGAGUACACCACCACCGAGACCCCCACCACCACACCAAUCACCCCCGUCACCACAACCCCCUAUGAUGAUAUCUGUGUUUACGGGUCUGAGUUCUACGAGAUUGGAGAGGUCAAGACCAUCGGCUGCGAGAUCUGCACCUGCCAGACCAAGGGUGGCUGGUCCUGUGAGAGGAAGCCCGAGUGCGAGAGCAAGCCCCAGGUCUGCACCGUUCGCGGAAAGAUCUACCAGCAGGGACAGACCAUCAAGAAGGGAUGCAACACUUGCAUCUGCGUGGACGGCCAGUUCAGCUGCACCAAGAUGAUCUGCCCACCCACCUACGAGCCCACCACUCAGGAGGUCUGCUACGAUCGCCGCGGCAACGAGUUCCAGGAGGGCGAGACCUUCCAGAAGGACUGCAACAUUUGUGUCUGCACCUACGGCAAGUGGGACUGCACCCGCAAGCCCUGCACCCCCGAGCCCCGCCGUCCCAAGACCUGCACCAUGGGCCGCAGGACCUACCGCAGCACCGAGACUGUCCAGCAGGGAUGCAACACUUGCAUCUGUACCGAUGGUGAGUGGUCUUGCACCCGCAAGUACUGCGCCCCUGAGGUGCCCUACCCCACCCACACCACCUGCUACAACCGCACCACCAAGACCUCCUACCGCGCCGGCGAGAUCUUCACUCAGGACUGCAACAUCUGCACCUGCAACGCUGGAAUCAUCCAGUGCUCUACGACCCCUUGCCGUCCCGUUGGCCCCUGCACCCAAGAGCUGGUUAAGUACCAGACCGGCAGCCGCCAGCUGAAGGGAACCUUCCCGCCAAAGUGCCUGCCUAACGGCUACUACCAGCCCGAGCAGUGCCACAAGGAACUGGGUGUCUGCUACUGCGUCACUCCCACUGGGCAGCGCAUCAAGGAUACCCUGACUUUCGGCUACCCCGACUGCAGCCAGUACAUGACCACCACCGAGUACACUCCCUUCACCGAGACCACCACUCCCUACACCCCUGAGACCACCACCCAGUACACCGAGUCCAGCACUUACACUACUGAGGGUGUGACCACUGUUCCCCCCUGCCUGAGGCUCCUCCAGACCAGGAAGACCUUCCCCGGUGGCUUCGUGCCCACCUGCCAGGCUGAUGGGUCCUACCACCCCACCCAGUGCCACGCCAACGGCUACUGCUUCUGUGUGGACCAGGAGGGUUACAUGAUCAAGGGCACCGAGCAGCACGUCAGCCAAGGCCUGCCUGACUGCACCCCCUUCUUCGAGACCACCACCCCAGUGACCCCCUACACCACCGAGUACACCACCACUGGGACCCCCUCCCCUCUGUGCUACGAGCUGCGCAGCCGCAGCCAGACCAAGCCCACCUGUCAGAAGGACGGCACCUUCGAGCCUCUGCAGUGUGACAAGACCAGCCGCUACUGCUACUGUGUCACCCCCACCGAGGGCACCAUCAUCCCCGAGACUCUGGUCCGCUCCUGGGAGGAGAAGCCCAACUGCGAGGAGUACAUCUAUGCCACCCCCACCCCCACCACUGAGUACCCUGACUACGAGGUGCCCCCAUGCCUGAAGCUCCUGCAGGUGGUGAGGAACCAGCCCCGCCACUACACCCCCACCUGCCUGGCUGACGGCACCUUUGCCCCCCUGCAGUGUGACCCCACCACCAAGUACUGCCACUGUGUGGACCCCCGCGGCUUCCAGAUCAGGGGAACCGUCAGGCACUUCAGACAGGGCACUCCUGACUGCACCACCUACACCACCACCGAGUACACCCCUUACACCACCACUGAGUACACCCCUCAGACCACCACUGAGUACACUGCCACUACCACCGAGUACACUGCUACAACCACAGAGUACACCCAGACCACUCCCUACCCUAAGUGCUGGGAGAUGAGGGAGUACAGCCGUGGCAAGUUCACUCCCAAGUGCACGGAGGAGGGCACCUUUGAGCCCCUGCAGUGCCAGGAGGAUGUGUGCUACUGUGUCCACCCCGUCAAGGGUGUCAUGUACAGGGAGUCCAUGUUCCAGGUCUACGAGCAGAGGACCGUGCCUGACUGUGACACUUACUGGAUGACCACAACUACCCCUACCCCUUGUGUUGGAGAGGAGUGCACCACCACCUACCCCUGUGAGGGUGAGGAAUGUACCACCCCCUACCCCUGUCAGGGUGAGGAAUGCACCACCCCCUACCCUACCACCACCCCCACCCCAUGUGAGGGAGAGGAAUGCACCACCCCCACCCCAUGUGAGGGAGAGGAGUGCACCACCCCCUUCCCUACCCCCACCCCCUGCGUGUGUGAGGAGUGUCCCGACCCCUCCCUCUGCCAGGGUGAGGAGUGCACCACCCCCACCCCCCAGUGUGUGUGCGAGACCUGCUCCCCCACCCCCUGUGUGAUCCAGCAGAGGCAGUACAUCCCCAGCCCCGGACACUUCCUGCCCAUGUGUGAGCCCGACGGCAGCUACGCCCCCCUGCAGUGCCACGACACCUACGGGUACUGCUUCUGUGCCACCCCCAAGGGCUACGAGAUCCCCGGCACCCGUGUCUUCGGUGUCGACAUCCCCGACUGCUCUUUUGUCUACGCCACCACCACUGAGUACACCCCUUACACCACCACUGAGUACACCCCCGAGACCACUACUGAGUACACUCCCCAGACCACUACUGAGUACACCCCUGAGACCACCACCGAGUACACUCCCCAGACCACCACAGAGUACACCCAGACCACCGAGUACACCACCACCUCCCCUUACCUGGACUGCUGGGACCAGCUGGAGAUUUUUGAGACUCUUCCUCAGGUGUUCAGGACUGUGCGCCCCCGCUGCAAGCCCGACGGCACCUUCUACCCCAUCCAGUGCAACAUCGACCUGAGGAUCUGCUACUGCGUCACCCCCCAGGGAGAUGAGAUCCACGGCACUGUUACCAAGGGAACCACCCCCGACUGCACCCCUUACAUCACCCGCAAGUUUGUUGCUGAGGAUUCCUGCAUUGUUGAUGGCUUCGUCUACAAGCAGGGUGAGACCUUCUACCAGGAGUGCAACAAGUGUAUCUGUGACCAGGGAGUGACCAUGUGCACCAUCCUGCCCUGCACCACCAGUGAUGUCUGCUACCACCCCACCACUGGCAUCAAGUACCAGCCAGGAGAGGUCUGCACACACCAGUGCCAGGAAUGCAUGUGCCAGGACAGCAAGUGGGCCUGUAUCCCACAGGAGGACUGCCAGAUGACCACCACUGCUGAGCCCACCACUGUUGAGCCCACCACCCCUGUGUACUCCCAGUGUGAGAUUAAGGGCAUCACUUUCCAGGUUGGAGAGACCUACUACGAUGACUGCAACAGGUGUACUUGCACUCCUUAUGGACCAUCCUGUACUGAAAUGGCAUGCCUUAGCGAUGUCUGCUACUGCCCGAUGACCGGCUCUAGGAUCCAGGAAGGUCAAACUAUCACCAAGGACUGCAAGGAAUGCACUUGCAAGUCUGGCCGCAUGGAGUGUUACCAGCGUGAGGACUGUGAGGUGCCCACACCUAUGUGUGAGGUCGACGGCUUCUUCUACAGGCCUGGCCAGUCUUACUAUGACCAGUGUAACACCUGCAUGUGCGGAAGGGAUGGUUCUGCUGCCUGUACUCUGAUGAUGUGUGUGCCUAGCUUCUGCUGGCAUCCUGACACCGGGGUUCAGUACAAGGAGGGUGAAGUCAUGACCAAGCAGUGCGAGGAGUGCACCUGCAGUGAGGGUCGCUGGAAGUGCUCCCAGCAGGAGUUCUGUGAGACCACCACCGCCCAGACUACCACCUAUGAGCCCACCAUGACCACCCCCUACGUGCCCACUACCUGUGUUGUGAAGGGCCAGACUUACUAUGAGGGCGAGACCUUCUAUGAUGGCUGCAACGAGUGUGUCUGCCGCGAAGGCUUCCCAGCCUGCCCUGCAAAGCCCUGCACCCCAGAGACUACCCCUGAGAAAUCCUGCAAGAUCAAGGACUUCACCUUCCAGUCUGGCCAGAAGUUCUUCUAUGGCUGCCGCCAGUGCAUCUGCAAGGACGGAGAGUACACUUGUGAGGACAGGACAAAGAAGUGCCCCCGUGAUGUGUGCUUCCACCCCACUACUGGUGAGAAGGUCUAUGAGGAGGAGAGGAUCUCUGUGCAGUGCAAGUCCUGCAAGUGCAUCGAGGGCCAGCUUAAGUGCAAGGAGGAGAGGGAGUGCAGGACCCCCUACACCACCCCUGUGACCCAGUGUUACGUCAAUGGCACCUACUACCAGCCUGGCCAGGAGUUCUUUGUCAGGUGUAACCAGUGCAUCUGCAAGGAUGGUGUGACCCUGUGCACCAAGAAGACCUGCCCCACAGACAAGUGCUACCACCCCUUCACUGGUGUGGUCUACAGGCCCAAGCAGUCUGCCCGUGUUGACUGCAACAAGUGCAAGUGUGCACCGGACGGCGAAUGGAUGUGCACUAAGAGGAUGUGCCGCCCCACCCCCAUCACCACCAAGCCCAUCCCCCGCACCAGGAAGAUAACUGAGCCCCAGGAAACCUGCACUGUUGAUGGCUGUGUGUACUACAGUGGCCAGAGGUUCUUCCAGGGCUGCAACAAGUGUACCUGCACCAACGGCCGUGUUUCCUGUACCCGCAAGGGUUGCAGUGAGAAGUUCUGCUACAGCCCCAUUACUGGGGAGAAGUUCCGCCAUGGUGAGACUGAUAAGGACUGCACCUGUAAGAAGGGUGAGUGGCAGUGCCCCAGGGACCAAGUGUGCCCAUGGCAGACUACUGAGACCACAACUGUCCCCUACACAACACCUGAGCCUGAGACAUGCCCUAAUGGUGAGCCCCUUGUGGAGUGCUUUGUCGACCCCUGUCGGUAUACCACGUGUCCGGCCUACCCCGGCGCCGUCUGCGUCCCCAACUACUGUGGUAGCUGCCAGGCUGUCUUCUACAACACCAAGGGCAGCCCCGUCGUCUGUGAGCCUUGAAGAGUAAAUGUCGAUCACACAAUCUCAGGACAGUUUUGAACAACACGUCUUCAAAUAAUUUUGCUGUUGAAAGGCUAAAGAAUUUCUGCAGAUGUUAUCAAUGUGUAUUUUGUACGGCUAAUAAAGAUAUCAUUAAAGGCAA